CCAUGUGGCAUCGGCACGUAGUAAACAAAAUGUUUGCCCGAAACUGGACUCUGCUGGUGCUGAUGCUGUGCACAUUCCACGGCGCGUUGUAUCGAUCGGCGGAUGCAAUGCUAACGGGCCACCAGCCACCGUUCCAUAACCGUAUCAGCCGUGAGCGGGGAAACAUACUGAAGAACCUAACCGGUACCCAGGAGUACGAGAAUCACAUCGUCACCAGCCGGUUGGAUGCGUCCGAACCGGUCCGCAUGAUGUACCGUGGGAUACGCGAGGUGUACAACCGAUUGCUCGGACCAACGGGAAUGCGUGAUGAGGGUGUGUCACUGCAGGCCCGUGUACCACCGUACGUACCGUUUCCGUGUGAUGUCCGUGGGCAUAGAAGCUCAACGCCACCGACCAGUGUGCAUCAGUUGCGCCCGGGAGACUUCGAUGUGGUGGCAGCACUCGGGGACUCGCUGACCAGUGCCACCGGUGCAAACUCGAGACAGUUUUGGGAGUUGCUGAUCGACAAUAGGGGACUUUCGUGGUGCAUCGGGGGUCAGGGCACGUGGAGGACACAUCUGACGCUGCCCAACAUACUGAAAGAGUUCAAUCCACGAUUGUUCGGGUAUUCAUUUGCCGACUCGUACAAUGUACAUCUGCCGUCACAGUUUAACGUGGCGGAGAUCAUAGCGACAACGAGCGAUAUGCCUUACAAUGCGGCAUCGUUGGUGGAGCGAAUGAAGGCUGAUCCACGCGUUAAUUGGAAUAAACACUGGAAGCUGCUCACUGUGAUGAUAGGAGGGAACGACUUCUGCUCGGAUGUGUGCUACCAAACGAACGCUACCGAGUGGAUCAAUCGCGAUCAAGAGAAGUAUCUGCUGACAACCCUGCACUACCUCAAGAAGGUUAUGCCAAGAACUCUGGUCAAUCUUGUACCCUCGCCGUUGAUAAACCUCUCCUUCUCGAUCGACAAAGUGCAAGCCCCACUCACGUGCCAAUUUGUGCGUCCCAUCGAAUGCUCCUGCCUAUAUGGACCAAAGUACUCCGGCCAGCGCAAUCUUUACCGGCAGCUUGAGCGACACUUUGUUAAGAUUAUGGAGAGCGUAAGCCACCGGCCAGAAUUUCACAGCAACGACUUUACUGUCGUCUAUCAGCCGUUCUACCGAGAUGCGAGCAUUUUCCAUCGACGGGAUGGAAAACCGGAUCUCUCCAUAAUGGCCAUCGAUUGUGUGCAUCUCAGCCAGAAGGGGCACGCCAUAUCGGCGAACGGGCUGUGGAAUAAUAUGCUCGAACCAACGCGCCAUAAAACCACCGUACUGAGGGAGCUGUUUGAAGACUUCAAGUGUCCAACGGCGGAAAAUCCGUACAUUAGGACGUACUACAACAGUUGA